CUGAGAACAUUGUUAGGCUUACUGGGUUCUGCGUGAAUGAAAUAGUGGAGUAGUUCAUGCAGUUAGUAAUGCAGUAUGCCAUGGUCCAGUGGAGAUGUAGUGACAGUGCCAGCGCCGAGUGAAGAUAGACUGUGUGUGUUCUCUCCCCUCCGGACAAAGAUAACCCAUGCUUCAGUUGCACACAAAAGUUAUCUGCUCCUGAAGAAACUCGCUGCAUGUGUGCUCUGGCAAGUUCCGGGAUUGGCUAUGCCGUGAAUACAUGUAGCUGGUCUGAUCUUUGGAGGAAAGUCCACUGCUGUCAAUUUGUUUGUACAACUCUGCAUUGUUGGGGCUGAAUGCCUUUUAUUCCAGGGUUUUUAUCUCCGCGGAACAAAACGUGUUACUCUGGAGAACAAACGUGUGUUUUUUUUUUAACCCAACCUCAGAUAAUUCCCAGGAGUUUAGCAUGUUUGCCGAUCGUUUCUAGGCUUCUAUUUCUCUUUAUUUUGGAAGACAAACGAAGUUGCCUUUUGGACUAGCUGGGUGGCAAGUUGUGCCCGUCCCCUCCUAGGUGUAUUUUGUGACACGAGCUGGGAAACAUGGAUGGAAGAACUGCAGUUUGGAAUUUAUCUUCCAGAAGACAAAGGAUUGCGAAUAUUUAUCUUGUGUGGCUCAUCGCAGCAGUGUGCUGUUUCUGUCAGGAUCUCGUCGAAGCUGGCCAAGGUUGUUCUGAUGGCGUAACUGAAGGCUUUGAAGAUAAACACCGACUGGCAGCUUGCUCGGGAUCGUGGGAAGGUCACGUGGGCAAUGCCACUUCCUUGUGCGCGGCUGGUUGGGAUGUGUGCAGCUGGGUGGACGAGAGCAUACUGAACACGGUCACGUGGCCCGAAGCAGUGUCGCUGUCCGGGUGCUAUGCCUUCAAUGCGGGGCAAGACAGGGGGCAGUGUGGGCCGUGUGCAGACAGCAUUGAGCAGGAUGACAUGGGGGGCGUGGGCCGGGGGUGCCCGCACCAGAACCCCGGCCAGACCUCCUGCCUGGGCAAGGGACGGAUUGACGCCAGCUGCUGCAUGGAUGCCCUUGAUGGUGGUGGCGCAGCCUGCUCCUAUCGGCCGGGGAUCACCACCGGGGUGCUGUGCUGCAAGAAGUCAGAAAGGGCACCGGUCAUCCACACCCACCUUCCACCUGAAGUGAGCAUAAACGAGGGAGACGUCUUCACCUUGCAUUGUCACACUUCUGGCAGCCCCGCCCCUAGCAUCAAGUGGCUCAGGGAUGGCUCGCCGGUCGAUCUCACCGACAGAAGAGUCCAUCUGGCGCCCACAGGGACCCUGUACAUCACAAACGUAAAUCCAAUGGACGCUGGUCAGUACUCAUGCAUCAGGGUCAACUCAGCUGGCACAGCCAGGGAGGAUGCCUUCCUCCAGGUCAUCAGAAAGGCUCCCUUAGCUUGCAGCGACGGCUCCACAGAGGGCCUCGCCCACUUCCAGGAUGUGGCGGCCUGCGCCGGCUCGUGGAAGGGCCACGUCCGCAAGGGGAAGAUCCUGUGCGCGCCCGGCUGGCACGUCUGUGAUGCCCGGGAUGCUCCGCUGCUGGCCCGCGUCAGCUGGAAGGACGCCAACAGCGUGAGCGGCUGCUACGCCAUGAACAUUGCCAACAACUUUGGGACGUGUGCAAGCUGCACAGGGGACAAGUAUUCCAACAACAUGGCCGGCAUGGGCCGGCACUGCUCCAAGAGGCGGCGGAGACAGCCCUCGUGUCUUGGCGAGGGUCGCAUCGAUGUCUUCUAUGGCAAGCGGAAGCAGGGCGGGCCCAACUGCGCCUACCAGUCGGGGCUGGUGUCCGGCGUCGUGUGCUGUCAGCUGGUGUCGGAAAACAGGGACAAGGGUGAGCCUUACUGUCGUGAGAAGUGCGAGAAUGGUGGCACCUGCAUCGGAGGUGGCAGAUGUCAGUGUGCGAGAGGCUACAAGGGCGCCCUCUGUAAGAUCCCUGUGUGCGAGCCGGCCUGCGACGUGGGCAGCGUGUGCAUCAGGCCCGGCGUCUGCAGUUGCCUCAAGUUCACCGAUGACGGCCUGUGCGGGUCGGCCAGCCGGCUGAUGGGCAAGACCAAGACGAGGUUCAGAGGCAUCUGCAGGCGGAUCUGUAUGCACGGAGGCAAAUGCGAGUAUGGGGGCUGUUUCUGCCCUGCUACCACAAGAGGGCGCUACUGCCAACACGGUAAGAUUGUAAGGUCCUUUCAACUACAGGUAUCUCUGACUACGGCAACGUCUGUCACCAGCAUUAUCUACACAUUGGCAGAGACCUAGCUGGAGACAUGAAAUCAUGACUUGGCCUCCCCAGGUGGUUGAUGUUGUCCGUUUCCAACUUGCCAAUUUCCCCCCUCCCCCAGUCCAAAGUGUUAGGUACCUGCAAGGGGCUCUAAUGAACACUGAUAUUUCAAGUAGCCAGAAAAAAGGACGCAUAAAAUUUCAGUAUGAACCGUCAAGAGUAAAAAGUUGUUCAGAACAAUAGUAUGGAAUCUUCAACCCCCACCUUACCAAAAAUGUUUUAAAAAUAAAGAAUACGACAUGAUUUCCAUCAUAGGACGUAGAGUUCCACUACAGCAUAAAUUUAACCUAGCGUGGUUUACUCUAGGACGCAAAAGGAUUGGCAAAUAUGACUUGCAGAAAUAUCUGAACAUUUAGUCGUUUAGAAAUGAAAACGAAAAGAACAUGCACGCUGUGCCACAUGAUUUCUCUGAUCCCUCGAGCCGACGUUUCCUGGAUUUAUAACACAUUGGAGUCCCAUUUACUUCAUAUCAACGAGGCCACAUUGGAUGCCUUUAAGCAUUUCUGGCCUUGUGCCAACGGACCAGUGGGAAAUAGCCGCACAUGAUUACACAUGCACGCGUGGGAUUCUCCCCCGGUUUAACCGGGAGGCCUGCGAAGAGAUAAGGGCUAAGGAAGGAAGCGUCGACCUUUAGCAGCGGCGGAAAAUCCCAGGGAGUUUAGCCGGGGAGCCGGUGAGCCCAUGUAAGGGGCUGCAAACCAGUUCAUGACUUCAUAGGACUUGUAGGUCCAUGUUCGGUAACCAACUGUGGAUGCCAGAGGUUAAAGAAUUGGAACUAAUAUGCUGUGCUGAACUGUAUCUACGUAUAUCUUACUGACAUCUUUAGUACCACAGAUAUAGGAAAUAUGCCUGCCGUUCAGAAACACAGCCAAGGGCCUCGUAUGUUUGUACAAUGGGAGGCACAGUGCAUCUGCCAUUACUGGGGAUUUCCUGCGUGUCGGUUUUUAUGUACCUGGAUUUGUCGAGUCACGCAACACCAAAACUCUUUCAACUUGACUUGGUGUAAUUAAGCCCUGUGUAAAUCAACUGGCUGCGGCCGUGGCAGCCAAUGGCUUCAAUGGGUGCCUUGGUUAUUUCCAUCCACAGCCACAACAUUCAGAGGCAGCAUGACAUGUCAAGCAUCUAGGGUGGUGCUUGUUUCAUCCGCACCCCUGUCUGUAAUUCAAGAGUG